AUGUCUCUGCGACCUCGACCAUACGCAUCUGUUAAUCGAUAUGCAGUGCGAAGACCAACAUUUAUUCCACGACCAGCUGUUGUAGGUCCCCGACCCGCCGCAGGCGGUGGCAUGAAUGGUUUAAUCGGUGGCUUAGCUUGUCCAUUACUCUGUCUUGGUUGUCUAGCCGCAUUAUCCUUACUUGGUCUUUUUGCUACAAUGAUAGCAGCUGCAGCAUAUAUGAAUCAAAUCCAAAAACAAAUUCGUAAAAAUGCUUCAGGUGAUGGUACAAUGGUAGAACUCAAUUUUAUGGUUCUUUUCAGUGCUCUUCUCUGCUCAGUUUAUGUAUUAUGUAAACAUCGUCGAAGUGUUGCUAGCACCUGA